AUGUACAAACUGUUUUGUGCAAAGUAUCCGCAAUGCAGUGUUUCCCGGCCCACUUACACUGACAUAUUUCAAUUAGACUUUAAUCUGCGCUGUGGUCUCCUUUGCUCAGAUACGUGUACGUUUUGUGAUAAAAUCUAUAUAAAACUUGUGGUUACCCCAGAUGGUCCAGAAAGAAAUGCUAUUCUUGUUGACAGUGAACUCCACCAUGCACGUGCUGAGGCUGGAUACAAAGCAUUGAAGUUGGAUGCUGAAAAGGCUAAUCCACAACUCGUCGUACGCUUCACUUAUCUUCAGCAAGUGUUGUACUGUCCAACAUUGACUCAUUCUUCAGUGUUUUACCAACGUCAGUAUACCAUUCACAACUAUGAUAUUCACGAUGCAGGUUCAAACGAUUCUACUAUGAUGUGGCAUGAAUCUAUUGCCACUAAAAACAAAUCUACUCAAAUAGUGCCUGCUACAACGAAGAGUACGGAACCCCGAUGGGACCAGUGGACUCAGUGGUCGCCUUGUAGCGUCAGUUGUGGAAAAGGCAGAAACAUUCGAUGGAGGCAUUGUCGUGAAAAUUGUCGUGAAGCUGAAACAGAAAUGGAAGAGAAAAGUUGUCAAAUGCCUGCUUGUCCUCAAAAAUUAUUCGGCUUGAUCAAAUUAUAAUACCGUAA